AUGACAACACAAAGACAAGUCUCAAACGAACCCAAUCAGGGCAGGAAAACUAAAAUGGCUACAAGUCAUAAUAGAAAUAUGAAUAAUGAUACAAAUGAUAGUCAAUCCACACCACCACCAUCACCACCACCAUCAUGUCAAAAUCCCUCUACAACGUUUGUUCCACAGAAUGAACAACAUGCAACAGCUGUGUCGUCUUCAUCUUCAUCGUCAUCGUCAAAUCCACUACCUUGCGAGGAGAUAAAGAGAAAUACCCCGAUGACAAAUGAACCACACAUUACCAAUUUGAGAGUAUCUGAAAGUGUUACUAGUGAUACAUUAACAGAGUCCCGGUCACAAGGUGUACAAUUAUCAUAUUAUCGAUCGUUAUCGGCAACACCUCCGAAUGUCUCCGUACAAAAACGACAAAAGUUAAACCGAUUAGGAGAGUCCGGAAGUAAUGCCGGAUUUAAUUCAAAUUUCCAACUACCUAAUGAUAUACUCAAGAAUCUUACACCAGUGAUGAAAUCAACUCCAAGAGAUAAACUAGCGCCUAAUCAACGUAAACAAGAGUUGUUGCAAAAAAUUAGACUAAAAUUACUGGAGAAAUCAAGCAGAAUAUCGAAGAAAAUAAUUGAACUACAAAGAAAACGACAACUAACCCAGAAGUACAAAUCCAAAAAGUUGAAUGACGAAUUGGAUCAAGCUAAUAUGAGAAGAAAUCAGUAUUUAAACAUGGUGAGACAACGUGCAGCAAGAUUUUAUAAAGAAGUUCAAAUUAGCGAAACAAGUAGUAAAAGUUUUACCUUGCAACCAUCACCACCAGCCACAACAACAAUAACAACAACCACAGCAGAUAAAACUACAACUCAUGUAUGUUUACCACAUGACUUUAAUGAAGAGUUGAUAAAACCAGUACAAAAAUUGGCUGCCAGAUUUCUAUAUUACAAGUAUUUGAAAAUAAUUAGGAAAUCCCAAUUUCUUGAUAACUUCCAAGCAAUGUCAUUCAAUCAAAUUCUACAAUUUUCCAAUAGUAAUAGUGAAAUAAGAACAGGAAUUGCCUUUAUUCUAAAAUAUCUCCAAGUUCCUCAUUUAAUGGGUCAAGAAUACAAAUCAUUUUUUUAUUGCUUUAUUAUGAUUGUUGAAUUUAAUGAUUGCAUGAAUUAUGACAAACAUAAAACUGCCUCUAGCAGCCAUCACCAUCACCACCACCAUCACAAUCACCAUAAAACAAGUAGUCACAAUAAUUAUCAUCCAGGAUUUAAUGUCAACACUAGUGCUGAAGAUGAAAAGGAUAUGUUUUAUAAUAAUUGUAUUUGGUUGAUGGUUUAUAAGUAUGGAAAUUACGUCAUAAAUGAGUUCAAGAAAACUGUCCAAAUUACCAGUUUUCAAGUAUCAUCGAGUUUCCUAAAAUAUUGGCAUGAAUACAAUUUUGUAUUCAAGGUUUUCAAAUGGAACCAUUAUAAGAAUCUCAAGUGUUUACUAAUGGAUUCAAUAAAUAUUGUAAAUAAGCAAAUCAAAGCUUUGAAUCAUUUGAAUGACGAUAGUGUGAUUAAUGAUUUGGGAGAUCAGCACAAGAAAUUGAAUGAAGAAUUAUUAUUAUUGAACCGAUAUCAAUUGGAAGAAUUGAAAACUUUUAAUAGUAGUACUGAAGUUGAGUCAUUUGUUAGCUCAUUCAAUUCCUAUGUCAAUGAUGCUUAUUUUGCAAGUCCAAGAAUUUCACGGGAACCAUAUAUCCAGAAUAAACCCACAUUUAUUUGUUAUAACAAUAUUAAAUUUUAUAUUCCUAAUGUUUUUCCCGUUAUGAAUUGGCGAAGGUAUUGGUUUCAUAAGUUUUUGCAACUUGAAAUAAAUAGAAAUAAUAAUGACUAUAAAUUUCCCACUAGGAUCAAAAGUGGUCAUUUUUAUAACUUACCAGAAGGGUAUAUCGGGGAACAAGAGGUUGAUAUCAAUGAGAUACAAAAUAUUGAUUUCAAAUCAAUUCCUAUCAAAGAUACUUAUACAAAUUUACUAAACUAUUUCUUGGAUUUUACUGGAUCCUACUACGAAAUUAGAGAGGAAGAAAUUAUAGUGACGGAUGAAUCUGAUUUGUCCUUUUUGAAAAGCAUGCUGCAUCUAGUACAAAGACACGAGUUGGUUAGCGGGUCUGUCAACUACAACAACAUUUUACUUCAACUUAUAGAGAAAAGCAUUUCAGAUUUGAAUUCUCCGUUUUAUAAUGAAUCAAUUGGAGAAUUAGGUAAAUUCAUAUAUAAAUUGUACAUUAAGAAAUGCCAAUUCACCAAUACUGGUUUCAAUCAAUUCCGUAAAUUUGAAAACUUGUUUAUUUUAUUGAAUAACUGUCAAAAUUUUUCCAAUUUGAAAUUUAAUAUUUAUACAUUUAAUCCAAGCUUGAUUUUCCCUCAAUUUUAUCAAUCCGUUGUUGUUAAGAAUCAUGAAUUAAAUUUAAAUCAAAGCAAGUCAAUAAUAUCUUCGAGUCUCAAAACAUCAAUUGGUCGAGUAAUCACUCCCAGUUACAGUUCGUCCAGCUGCAAAUUUUAUACUGAUGUUCUUUUGGAAGAGAUCAUAUCUGGGGACAUCACCAUUCACGAACUCAGUCUGGUUUAUGUAUCGGAUCUUCAAGAAUAUCAUAGAAAAUUACAUCAAUUUGUUGAUAUUAAUUGCUUGGGAGUUAUGUAUGAAUAUUUUCAAGGUGAAAAACUAGCCAAUGUUCAUUUAUUUUACCAAAACUUGAAUAAUCAUCACGAAUAUAUCAACAAUUUGCCAUUCAUAACAUAUUAUAAUAACAAUAAAGAUCGAAUUAAAAAUGUGCUACUUGAUAAAGUAAAGACAAUUUUGAUUGAUCGAGAUGAAAUUCAAGCUUGUAGUAUAUUUAAAUAUUAUCAAGUUGAAAUGAUUGAAUUAAUGAAUGAGAUUUUAAAUUAUCUUGCAUUUAUUUAUAAAGUAUAUAAUCCUAUUUUAAAUUGGAUUUAUUUUGAAUUAGGAAAAGAAGAUGAACAUUAA